AUGGCGAAUACGACACAGCCUUUUCUCAUCCGUGCCACUGCUGUGCAAACAAAUCGGAUUAUCGGACAUCUCGGAGAUUUUCCGGAUAGAGUUUUGUCCCACUAUUUUUACACCGUUGCUAGGCAAAGGUGCAGAGCAAAAUGGUUUCUUCUAUCUUUGGCCAAUAAUGGCAGAUUUGCUAGAGAAAGAUCGCAUCGCUGGGGGGUCCUCGCACCUAAAAUUUGGGCAUACGAAAACACAAUUAGCCGUUUCGUUUCGGUGGUUUGCGAUGCGAGCAAAGUACCGAUGCAUGCUAAUGUUAACUCGUCCAUUUAA